GCAGCACUGUUAGCCGAUUUGCGCACCGUGUUACAUCAUUUAUAGACAAAUUAUAGGCAAAUUCAACGGUAUUUGUGCAGUGCAAAGCGAGAAGACAAACAAAUAGUUAUAGCUAGUAGAAAUGUGCAUGCAGUUGGAAAAUUGGAGCGCGAUUUCAUAACGAACUAAGCCCAAGCCAAAGCCCGAAGACAACACCAACGUGAACUUGCGGGCUGCGUGUUUUGGGUCGCGUUCGCCGGAAUAUAAACAUACGAUGAGCGAAUUAAACACCAAUCAGUUUCGCCUUUGAUGUCAUAUUUUGUUACACUUGCCUUUGUCUUUUCAGUUUUGUGCCAUUGAUUUUUGAGUAUUUCAGCCUAAAAAGUACGAGGAAUAAAAAACAAACAAAAAAAAACAAAAAAAGUAAAAACCAGCAGCAGCAAUUAGAGCAAGUAAAUCCGAUCCCAAUACCGAUACCUAUAUCCAUCCCAUCCCCGAAACACCAAACAAAACCAAAAUCAACGUGCACUUUUCGUUAUAAUUUGAUUGUUUACUUCUUGGUUUGGGUUUUGUUGAUUUGGACCGGGACAGGGAUAAGAGAUAAGUGAUAAGGGAUAAGGGGCAAGGGUAUCUGCAUAGGCUGCAUACCUUUUGUUUUGUAUCAAAAUUCUCUCUCGUUUAACAAAUCGCAACGCAAUUCACGCAAAUUCACCAAACCAAUGGCGGCCUAUUUGAAUCGCACCAUCUCGCUGGUGACUGGCCAAACGGGCCCCUCCGGCAACGACCAAAACUCGACGGGCACCGACUCCGUGGACGAUUCACGUCACAAUCUAUCGCUGCAAUCGUCCGCCUCAUCGACGUCGGCCAACUACAACGCCAUCACUGAUAAUCGCAUGUAUCAAUCGAAUGACAAAUCGCCGCUGCAGAUAUUCGUGCGCGCCAAGAAGAAGAUCAACGAUAUCUAUGGUGAAAUCGAGGAGUAUGUGCUCGAGACAACAACAUUCAUUAAUGCUCUUCAUGCGGACGCGGAAAUUGUGGACAAGGCGGAGCGUGAGCUAUUUGAGAGCUAUGUGCAUAAGGUGGCUGCGAUACGUGAGGUACUGCAGCGGGAUCACAUGAAGGUCGCCUUCUUCGGGCGCACCUCCAAUGGCAAGAGCUCCGUCAUUAAUGCCAUGCUGCGCGAAAAGAUUCUGCCCAGCGGCAUUGGGCAUACAACAAACUGUUUCUGCCAGGUGGAGGGCAGCGAUGGCGGCGAGGCCUAUCUCAUGAAGGAGGGCUCCGAUGAGAAGCUCAAUGUGGUGAACAUAAAACAACUGGCGAACGCACUGUGCCAGGAAAAGCUGAGCGAGAGCAGUCUGGUGCGCAUCUUUUGGCCACGGGAACGCUGUAGCUUAUUGCGCGAUGAUGUCGUCUUUGUGGACUCGCCGGGCGUUGAUGUGUCCGCCAAUUUGGACGAUUGGAUUGACAAUCAUUGCCUGAAUGCGGACGUAUUUGUGCUAGUCCUGAAUGCGGAGUCAACAAUGACACGGGCGGAAAAGCAAUUCUUUCACACCGUCUCCCAGAAGCUUUCCAAGCCCAAUAUCUUUAUACUGAACAAUCGAUGGGAUGCCUCGGCCAAUGAGCCCGAGUUCCAGGAAUCGGUUAAAUCACAGCACACGGAGCGCUGCAUCGACUUCCUCACCAAGGAGCUGAAGGUGAGCAAUGAGAAGGAGGCCCAGGAGCGAGUGUUCUUUGUGUCCGCCCGUGAAACGCUGCAGGCACGCAUCGAGGAGGCCAAGGGCAAUCCGCCGCAUUUGGGCGCCAUUGCCGAGGGCUUUCAAAUACGUUACUUCGAGUUCCAGGACUUUGAGCGCAAGUUUGAGGAGUGCAUCUCGCAGAGCGCGGUCAAAACCAAAUUCCAGCAGCACAGCUCGCGCGGCAAGAGCGUCUCUGGCGAUAUGCGCUCCAUGCUGGACAACAUCUACGAGCGCAUCACAAUCUUUCGCAAUCUAAAGCAGGAUCAGAAGAAUAUGCUAACUGAACGCAUUCAGGGCACCGAAACGCAAAUGAUGCAAGUGACGCGCGAAAUGAAAAUGAAAAUCCAUAAUUUGGUCGAAGAGGUCGAGGAGAAGGUCUCCAAAGCACUGAACGAGGAAAUCUGGCGACUGGGCGUUCUCAUCGAUGAGUUCAAUAUGCCCUUCCAUCCGGAGCGUCUGGUGCUCAACAUUUACAAGAAGGAGCUGAACGCUCAUGUCGAAAGCGGCCUCGGCAGCAAUUUGCGCGCCCGCCUCUCCAUGGCGCUGGCCAUGAAUGUGGAGUCAGCCCAAACGGAAAUGACGGAUCGCAUGCACGCCCUGGUGCCCAACGAGCAGCUGAGCACGCACAGCGCCAAAUUGGCGGUGCGCACGCAACCGUUCGAAAUGCUAUACUCGUUGAACUGCCAGAAUCUGUGCGCCGACUUCCAGGAGGAUCUCGAGUUCAAGUUCAGUUGGGGCAUUACGGCCAUGAUACAGCGAUUCACGGGCAAAGUGCGCGAGCGGAGCAAAAAGCAUACACCAGCCUUGGUCAAUCGCCAGAGCAGUAUUGGGCACACUGUCGUUACGCCCGUGAGCACUCCGGUGGAGACGACGCCCGUUUGCCUGCUACCGACACCGGGCGUUGCUGGCAUUACGCCCGAGCAGCUGUCGGUUAUAUCUCGAUUUGCCUUGUCCUCAAUUGGAUCGCAGGGCACCGUUGGCGGUCUCGUUGUCGCUGGCAUCAUGCUGAAGACGAUCGGUUGGCGUGUGCUCGUUGGUAUUGGUGCCCUCUAUGGUUGCAUCUAUCUGUACGAGCGCCUCUCCUGGACCAAUUCAACCAAGGAGCGCACAUUUAAGGGUCAGUAUGUGCGACAUGCCACCAAGAAGCUCAAAAUGAUUGUGGAUCUAACAUCGGCGAACUGCAGCCACCAGGUGCAGCAGGAGCUGUCGAGCACAUUUGCGCGCUUGUGCCGCACUGUGGACACCGCCACCACCGAUAUGAACGAGGAGCUGAAAACGCUCGAGGCGCAGCUGAAUGUGCUCGAGGCCAAUCAGAAGCAACUGAAGCUGUUGCGAAACAAGGCCAACUACAUACAGAACGAGCUGGACAUCUUUGAGCACAACUACAUUGCGCCGCAGUAGAUGCAACUGCAUCAGCUGCCCCAUAGCGCCCCAUUGGGCUCAACGCGUCUAGAAUUAAGAGUUCAAGCUUUAAGCAUCCAGCUCCCAAUACGAAAAUUAUGACGACUACAACAAACAGAACAACAACGACGACAACUCCCCAGUCCAACAGAUAAAUUGCAAUUUCAAUCAUUUUGUUUAUAUUUCUUGAUUAUUUUUUUUCUUAAAUUUUAAACGCAUGUUAUAUUAUUGUAACAUUUUUUUUUUGGCUUUCCAUUUUAUUUUUUUUGUAUCAAAUCUGCAGCUAGUCGAAAAAGGCUAUUGUUGUUGUUGAUUUUAGACAAACUAUUACUAUUAAUUUAUUUUGUUUAGCCAGUUUUUAUUUUAUAUAAAGAUAUAUUGUAAUUGUUGUUGUUACACUCUGCAUACACUGUGACAUGGCCGGGAGCCAUGAAAACUAAAACAAAAAUUAAUAAUUAUAUUAUACCUUAUACAUUAUAUGAAAUAGUCAUUGUUUAUUAUUGCAUACAAUUAAAGCUACUUCAUUUUUCAAUGGUA